CCACGUAACCAUAUUUCCAAGACUGGCUUGAAAAACAGCAGCAAAUUGUAUCUUAUAGCUGUGCGCUGCAAUAAAGGAGUACUAGAAUAUUGACAAAUUUUCUGGAGAGGGUAAAAACUGACAGCAUCGCCAUUGCCUAUUUGCCAUUAACAACACACAGAUCUUCCAUUCUUUAAAACAAAGUCUUUAUUUCCAAGUGUCAAUUAUAAAAGCCAAAUGUACGCCAAUUACCAGUCCAGAUCAAAAACCCCAACCCUAAAAUGCAUAGAAAGGUGACACAGAUCCAUCUCAGUAAUACCUUCACAAACCCUAGCUUUAUACAUGGCGAAGCAUUCUUCCGUAGCUAUGGCUUUGUUUCGAAAACGAUGGUUGACUGCAGUAGCGCUACUUGUGAUGCUUUCAGUUACUACCGCCAUUGCUUUUAUUGUAAGAGCUAGCCUUGAAUCCUCUUGUGAUUGCCACAUAGAUGUGAAGCGAUAUAGCGAAUCAGCUAAACCGAUUGGGGUUGCUGUUCCUCAGAGCCCACUUAGUUUUAUGAAGUCUAAGCUUGUGCUUCUUGUCUCUCAUGAGCUUUCCCUUUCUGGUGGACCCCUGUUGCUGAUGGAGCUGGCAUUUUUACUAAGAGGUGUUGGUGCUGAAGUGUGUUGGAUCACAAAUCAAAGACCAUCUGAAACAAAUAACGUCGUAUACAGUUUGGAACACAAAAUGUUACACCGAGGAGUUCAGGUUGUCUCUGCUAAGGGUCAGGAGGCAAUAGAUACCGCUUUAAAAGCUGACUUGGUUGUUUUAAACACUGCCGUUGCUGGGAAAUGGUUGGAUGCUGUUCUUAAGGAACAUGUUCCUCAUGUCCUUCCCAAAGUUUUGUGGUGGAUCCAUGAAAUGCGAGGUCAUUACUUCAGUCUAGAUUAUGUGAAGCACCUUCCAUAUGUUGCUGGUGCAAUGAUUGAUUCACAUGUAACAGCUGAAUACUGGAAGAAUAGGACACAGGAGCGGCUAAGGAUCAAAAUGCCAAAAACCCAUGUUGUUCAUCUUGGCAACAGCAAUGAGCUAAUGGAAAUUGCUGAAGAUAGUGCGGCAAAAAGGAUUUUGCGGGAGCAUGUUCGUGAAUCUCUUGGAGUUCGAAAUGAAGAUAUACUAUUUGCCCUCAUAAAUAGCGUUACUCGUGGGAAGGGGCAAGACUUAUUUUUAAGGUCAUUCUAUGAGAGCUUGCAGCUUAUUCAAGAAAGGAAGUUACAGUUGCCAUCAAUUCAUGCUGUUGUUGUAGGGAGUGACAUGGCUAGUCACAGCAAAUUUGAGACCGAGCUUAGGAACUUCGUUAUAUCAAAGAAGAUCCAGAAUUAUGUUCAUUUUGUCAAUAAGACAUUGACAGUAGCUCCAUAUCUUGCUGCAGUUGAUGUUCUUGUUCAGAAUUCUCAGGCACGGGGUGAAUGCUUUGGUCGGAUUACGAUUGAGGCCAUGGCGUUUCAGCUGCCCGUGUUGGGAACUGCAGCUGGUGGCACCCAAGAAAUUGUAUUAAAUGGUACGACUGGUCUUCUACAUCCUGCGGGGAAAGAAGGGAUAACACCACUUGCAAAAAACAUUGUUAAAUUAGCCACCCACGUUGAGCGGAGGCUUACAAUGGGUAAGAAAGGGUAUGAGAGGGUAAAAGAGAGAUUUCUUGAGCGUCACAUGGAAGAAAGAAUCGCAGCAGUUCUAAAGGACGUGUUGCAAAAAGCAAAGGGACACCAAAGGGCAUGAUAUUUUAUUACGGUGACUACGUUUAGCCUCUGUUCUCAGUUGGAGCUGCAUUUGUAGAUGUGACGUGGAAAUUUAUAAGCUGUGAGUAGGUGGUCAACAACAGGAAAUGAAGUACCAUAGGGAAACAGUUCAGUGUCCUCUUGCUUAUAUAUUUUGAGUGUAAAAAAGAAACUGACUUUUUCAUCCUUGUCAAUGUGGUGUCGAAGGACUAGUGCUGCUAAUCACCAUAAUUUUGCACUUCUUUUUGGUUUGUGAGCAGGUUAGUACAUAGUCUGGGAGGAUAUAGUAUGAUUUUAUGGACGCAUGGGUAAUGUCCUUUGCAUCAUUGUGUUCUGGACCUGUAUUUCCUGUAAUAGAGUGGGGUUCCUUUUUUAGGUCAAGAAAGCUAAAAUUAUUAUCUC